UCAUACGUCAGGCAAUGCCAUAAAACAGUUUGGAAACUAUAUUUUAAACAUAAGAAAAGGAAAGUCUAUAACAUUUUUGGAAAUGAGUAACGAGAGGCGUCGCUCCUCUACUGCCACAGAAUUUCUGGAGGUUGUGGUGAGGCCCAAGAAAUAUUACAAAGUAAAGCACCCUCAAGAUCACUCCGAUCGCGGUAAAAUUGUCGUUAGUGCUGGGGAGAAGUGGCGUAUACUGAAAAAUGUGGCCGUCAUCUCCCUGGCCAUGAUGACGCAGUACGUGGCCUAUCAGGGCACUCUCAACCUACAGUCCUCGUUGAAUGCGAAAGAUGGUCUGGGCACCAUAGCCCUCUCCGGCAUCUACCUCUCGAUGGGCAUCUCCUGUCUGGUCCUGCCGACCAUCAUGAUACGGCUCGUGACCUGCAAGUGGACCCUGGUCAUCGGCAUGAUCUGCUUCAUACCCUACAUAGCCCUGCAGCUGUAUUCGCGCUUUUUAACACUCAUUCCGGCGGGCAUUUUGCUGGGCGUGGCUGCUGCACCCAUGUGGGCCGCCCAUGCAACCUAUCUCACCCAGAUCAGUCAGAUAUAUGCCAUUAUAACCGAAUCGGAGAUGGAUGCUGUGAUCACGCUGUUCUUUGGGAUAUUCUUCUUUGCCUGGCAGAAUGCGGACACCAUUGGGAAUCUACUAUCCAGCUUGGCAAGGCAACUAUCGUGAGCAGGAGAAAUACGCGACGCUGAGCAAUGAUCUGAGGGCUGCCCGUCUAAACCGAGAUGCGGAAAUCGCCAAAUCAAAGGCCGACUACUAUGCCAAGCAGAUCGAGGAAGCACCCGAUAGGAAUUCAGACGGGGAGGAUGACGAGCUCGAGCAGGACGUGACUGUCAACGUUGAGAAGCCAAAGGAAUGAGUAGAACUCCACACAUAUGCCGAGAGCCUUCGAAAUUAUAUCGAUAUAAUAAAUGUUACCCUGAAAAAUGUUGCUCUUUG